AUGCAGGGCCUAAGGGCUAUCCGCGAGUUUUUGAAGGUCCGAACCAGCUACGACGUGCUGCCUCUCUCUUUCCGAUUGAUCGUCCUCGACAACGACCUCCUCAUCAAGAAGAGCCUGAACAUCUUCAUUCAAAAUGGAAUUGUCUCGGCACCACUCUGGGACUCCCGGAAUUCAGCCUUCGCAGGUCUUUUGACCAGUACCGACUACAUUAAUGUGAUCCAAUAUUACUGCCAAUUUCCUGACGAUCUCAAUGAGGUGGAUCAGUUCCGCCUGAGUAGCUUGAGAGGUAUAGAAUGCGGCCGGACAUCCCAUCCUCUCACCCCAGCUGACAAAACUAUGGCAGAUAUCGAGAAAGCAAUUGGCGUUGUUCCGCUGGAGACAAUUUCCUGCCACCCUAUGAAGCCCCUCUACGAUGCAUGCCGCUCGAUGCUAAAGACCAGAGCACGCCGAAUCCCGCUCGUGGAUGUCGAUGACGAGACAGGAAGGGAGAUGGUGGUCAGCGUCAUUACUCAGUAUCGAAUCCUCAAGUUCAUAGCGGUCAAUAACGAGAAGCACACGGUGCUGCUCAAGAAGACAGUGAGGGAGAUCGGCCUUGGCACAUAUACGAAUCUCGCGACGGCAAAUAUGGGUGCAUCUGUUCUUGACGUUAUCCAUUUGAUGGUCAAACACAACAUCUCGGCGGUGCCCAUUGUCGACAAGAAAUAUCGUGUCCUGAACGUCUUCGAGGCCGUCGACGUCAUCCCCUGCAUUAAAGGCGGAGUGUAUGAGGAGUUGAGCUCGAGCGUCGGCGAUGCCCUGUCCAAGAGAGCAGAAGACUUCCCCGGGAUCUACACUUGCAGCGAAGACGACCGCUUGGAUUCGAUCUUUGACACAAUCCGCAGGUCUCGAGUGCAUCGGCUUAUCGUGGUGGAUGACGAGAGCAAGCUCAGGGGCAUCAUCUCUCUGUCGGAUAUCCUAAAGUACGUUCUGCUGCAUGGAGAAGAAGAAGACAGCCUACCAGCACCAAGAUGA